CCCGUUACAUAAGCAGUUUGCAGUGGAAACAUUAGCAGCUAGAAGAUAACCGCCACAGAGAAGACGUUUCCAGUGAAAUAGUUUGAUUUUGUUCUGAAUAACAUGGCUCUACGGGAGGCGGAAAGACUGAAAGUUGUUUUGAACCACCUGGACCAUCCCAGUGUUAACAUACACACAUCUUUUACAUCUGCAGAAAACGUGUCAUAUCACCAUCCUGUAGCGUUUAAGUACACCUUGGAUACAGAUGUGCUGUCUCCAGAACAAAGACUUGCUUAUGAAGAAAAUGGCUUUAUUUUGAUCAAAAAUCUGGUUUCCGAAGAGGACAUCGAUAGAUUUAGGAAUGAGUUUGAGCGUAUUUGUACAAGAGAUGUGAAGAUUCCUGGCUUGGUAAUAAUGAGAGAUGUGUCCAUCGCCAAGUCUGAGUUUGUGCAGGGGGAGAAGGCUGUGACUAAACUUCAGGACUUCCAGGAGGACCCAGAGCUGUUCCGCUAUUGCUCUCUGCCUCAGAUUCUAAAAUAUGUUGAGUGUUUCACGGGGCCCAACAUCAUGGCUAUGCACACCAUGCUAAUCAACAAACCCCCUGAUACAGGAAAGAAGACUUCUCGACACCCCCUGCACCAGGACCUGCACUACUUCCCAUUCCGGCCAGCUGAUCGUAUUGUGUGUGCAUGGACAGCAAUGGAGAAAAUAAACCAGCAGAAUGGCUGCCUGGUAGUACUGCCUGGCACCCACAAGGGCACCCUGAAGGAACACGUCUAUCCAGAGUGGGAGGGUGGGGUGAAUAAGAUGUAUCAUGGCAUUACAGACUACAACCCCAACCAUCCCAGAGUGCACUUGGAAAUGGAAAAAGGAGACACUGUGCUUUUUCACCCUUUGCUUAUCCACGGCUCAGGAAUGAACCACACAGAAGGCUUUCGAAAGGCCAUUUCCUGUCACUAUGCCAGUGCUGAUUGUCAGUACAUUGAUGUGAAAGGAUCAACCCAGGAGAACAUCAGCAAGGAGGUGGAAGAGCUUGCUCGCAAAAGACUUGGGAGCGAAACCACUCUUACUUUUCAGGACACCUGGGUAUUUAGAGGACGCCUGGUCCAAGGAGACAGGACAUCCCUGUGAUGCUCAUUUCCUACUUUAGUGUCUGUGCAUCACAGCAAACACAAACAUCCAGAAGAAUAAUUGACAGUACUAAGCUGUGUAAUAAUGUUCUCUAGGAGGAUAUAAUUUAAACAAUAAAGUUAUUUAAAUGCUGGGGAAAUAGGGUAGGAAAUUGGUACGACUCUAUAUAAUGUUUUUAAUACAAUAAAUAGCUGCAACCUGAUUUAAAUCCAUUUUCUAACAUGUAGGAAAAGGUCUGAUGUUCAGCACAUAAAGAGAGAUCACACAUACUGUAUGUGUAUAGAGACAGUUAAAGUAUGUCUGAGAGAUUUUAAAGGGAAAAGAGAAUUUUGUGCCUUCUUUAAUCAGACAGAGAGCUUAAACAGUGCAGAAUGUCAUCACAUCAAAACUGAAUGUAAUCUGUGUUUAAGUGCAUAUAGUCAACAUUGAGAAAUCAUGGGAUUUUUGAGAAAUGCUGCUAAUUUGAUUUUCAUAUUGUUGUAAACGCUUGAGUUAAAAUGUGUUAAUUGUAAUUAAUAUUAAACUGUAAUUGUCUGAAAAUAAA